UGCAAGAAUAGUAUGUAGCCAACGUAGAGGUGCUGUGUUAAGCCAGAAACAGAGAAGAAAAACUAGGUAAAUUAAGCUCUGAAUUAGCUUAAUAAAAUAGAAACCCUAUCAACUUUCAACUUCCCACAUUGCCCGCUCUCUCUUUCAUCAUUACCUGCCAAUCCCCCCAUUUGCAUGCCCAUUUCUUCUCUCUCUCUCUCCCCACCUUUCUCUCUCUACCCUUCUUUGUUUAUCCCACCUCAAUCUUUGUCUUAAACCAGUGCUAUCUCUCCUUUUGAUUCUGUCUCUGAUUAAGUUAUAGAGACCCCAUAGAUCUUGUUGUUACAGAUCUUGGUUAUUUGUGGUAUAAUUUAUUUAUUUAAAUUCCUUGGUGGUCAAUGGGGUUUCCAGUACCCUGCCCACUUGCAGAUUUUGAUGAUUUGGAUAGUCAUUGUGGAGCUGUUCUUGUAAGUCCAGUUAGUCUUAGGAAAGAAGAAGAGAGGAAGCCAUUGCAGUCAUUGAGCUCCAACACCUGCUGUGAUUCGGAACCAACCGCAACAAUGAAGUCACCUGGUUCAGGAAAUAUGAACUUUGAAGAACCAAUUAGCUUUAAAGAGAUGGAAUUAGAUGCCGUUUCAGCAAACUCACCUUCCAGGGAUGUGGAAAACAAUGUGUCUGCUAGAGCAGAAAGCGGUAUUGGAGAGAAACAGCAGACAUCCGAGAACUCGUUCAAGGAGCCCAGAGACCAGGCUGCAUUGAGGCUGCAGAAAGUUUAUAAGAGUUUUCGCACGAGAAGACAGCUUGCGGAUUGUGCAAUUCUUGUGGAGCAGAGAUGGUGGAAGGUGCUCGAUUUUGCUGAACUAAAGCGGAGCUCUAUAUCAUUUUUCGACAUUCAGAAACCUGAGACAGCUGUUUCUCGCUGGUCUCGGGCAAGAACUAAAGCUGCAAAGGUGGGAAAAGGUUUGUCGAAGGAUAAAAAAGCACGUAAACUUGCUUUGCAGCAUUGGCUUGAGGCUAUUGAUCCUCGACAUCGCUAUGGCCACAAUCUUCACUUUUACUACGCCAGAUGGCUCCAUUGCGAAAGUAAAGAACCCUUCUUCUAUUGGCUCGAUAUAGGAGACGGAAGAGAAGUCAGCCAUGAAGCAUGCCCUAGGUCGAAGCUUCAAACACAAUGCAUCAAGUAUCUUGGCCCGAUCGAACGAGAGACUUACGAAAUUCUAGUGCAGGAUGGGAAGUUCGUGUACAAGCAGAGUGGAAACUUUCUUGACACAUCAGAACCUAAGGGCACAAAGUGGAUAUUUGUGCUGAGCACAACCAAGACAUUGUAUGUUGGACAGAAGAGCAAGGGGACGUUUCAACAUUCGAGCUUCUUGGCAGGCGGAGCAACACUUUCUGCUGGAAGAUUAGUAGUGGAACAAGGAAUUCUUAAGUCAGUUUGGCCUCACAGCGGGCAUUAUCUCCCCACAGAAGAAAACUUUCAGGAAUUUAUGAUGUUCCUUGUGGAACACGACGUAGAUCUCACAAAUGUUCAGCAAACUCCAGCUGACGAAGAAGAUGGAGGCUUCACCAAAAAGAUCAGCAACAUCCGAAUUAGCCCACGAAAACCAAAAGAAACCGUAACAACAAAAACCAAAGGCACAUGGCAAGAUAGCAAUGAAUCAAGAAAUGAGGAGUCUAAUUCUGCAGAAAAUCCCAACCCUAUUCUGUCUAGAUUACCUGAAAGAUUCUGCUCAAAGAUAGGCAAACUCGAAAUACCACAAAGGAACGAUGCGUUUGACAUUUUGAAGGAUGGAAUACCAAUCACCUGUCGCGAAUAUUUCAUAGAUUCUGCCUCUGAUGAUGAUGGUUAUGAAACAGCUGAAGAAUCAAUCUUAACAGAAGAAGACUUCAUGGUCCCUAAACUGAACUUGUUCGAAGAAGACCUAUUUGAAGAAGAUGAAAAGCCAGUGCCAAAGGAGAAGAUCAUGCAGAGGAUUGAUUCACACAAGGGAAUGAAGUCAUACCAGUUGGCUCAGCAUUUAACAAGCCGAUGGACAACGGGAGCUGGACCGCGAAUUGGUUGCAUGAGGGACUAUCCUUUGGAGCUUCAGUCCCGGGUUCUAGAGCAAGCCAAAUUUUCUCCAAGAACAACAGCAAGAAGUCCCGGGCUAUUGAUUCCGUCUCCUUUGAGUAGAGAGGGAACCUCCUCAAAAAGUCCCCUUGCACGCCCGUCGAGGAGCAAGCGACACAACACCAUAGGCUGAAGUACAUUUUAGAUGAAAAGAGCAUCUGCAAGGAUUAGGAAUUGUUACGCAUUCUUUUUAGAACCCUUUUUUUUUUUUUUGUAGGGUUUGGACUGAACAGCUCUUCAGAAAGAGAUCCUUCCCAACGCCUAAGAGUGCUUUGCCUAAAAGUGCUUCUACUUACACUGAUUGAUAUGCAAAUGCAGGCUUACAGAACCCCCUACUAAAUCUACAUGCUUUUAAUACUAACUUGCUUCUUAUAAUCCUUCAUAAUUCCUACAAUUCUGCAAAUUUUUAGCCUCUGAUGUCCUAAAAGAGUUGCUUGAGGUUUAACUUUCAAAGGUUUACCUCAAUAAUUCUAUUUGAACACACAAAGCGCUUUAUUAUUGCCUCCUAUUCUUGAGUGUGUGAUCGAGGUUGAACACACAAAGCUCUCUAUUAUUAGUUCCCCCCAAAAAAGAAAGGACUACUCGCUAUUAGGGGAUCUUAUUGUACUCAAGGGAGAAUUAUUGAGCGCUCUAAAAUUUAGCGGACGAGUUCAAAAUUCAUGAAAAGCCAGGUUUAAAUCAAUUGAUGUCACGGAACCAAGACAACCAUGUUACUAGUAAAAGAACAAGGUUAAGGGUCUGCAUACGCCCAUAAAUUGAAGCUUCUUUCGAUAUCUCUUUGGGAGAGGGAACAUAGAAGCCUAUAAGACUUGAAAAAGAAAAUAGAAUCAUCACAUUCCAAAUUUUCCAAAAAAAUUAUGUGAAUAAAAUCUAAAGUGCUAAACCCUAAACUAAGAAUGUCAAAUUCAGAGAGAGAGAGAGAGAGAGAGAGAGAGAGAGAGAAAUAUAUGUAACAUAAAUACUUAUGUCCAGAGUAAACAACUUAAAACAGGCUUUCUGCCAUGUAUUUGCAUUUAUCAACAAAUAACAUGCAACUCAUUUCAUAAGGCAUCAAGACUCAAUAAAGCCU